AUUAUUCCGACUCAAUUAAGUCUUAACGGAAACGAUGCUAUUAUGCUCAACUCUUUUUGGACUCCACCUUGAAAUGUUUACUGAUAUUAUCGACCUUUCAGAUUUACAAUUUUUUGGGCCACAGACGUAGAAUCUUAUGUGGAUUUUUGAUAAAUAAAAUAAUGUUGAUUUAUGAAAACCUUUAAGAAAUUACAAUUGCAUUUCGAAAAAAAAAAAAUAUGAGGCAUUUAACAAAUUUUAUUAUUUCUUUGAUUUCGCUCCUUGGGAAUAAUUAUGGAUAUGAGCAGAACUUAGCCUUGGAAAAGCAUGCUAUCAUGAGCUCACGUGCACACUUUUGGAGUAAGCCGGAACUAGCAAACGAUGGUGACGUCAGCCAGGAUGAAGUGAAGUGUACACAGACUUUGACGAAUGCAACUCAAGCGUGGUGGCAGGUGGAUCUAUCGGGGGCGAGCAUCUUGUAUAUACACAUCACAUAUGCAAAAAAUAGUGCUGACACAAUGGCAGGGUUUUCUUUAUAUAUUUCUGAUGACGACAUUAAUUUCCGUAACGGACACCUUUGUUACAAUCACAGCGACUCUACACUUCCGGAACUGUAUAUGGAGAUAAAUUGCAAAGUUCACGGAAGAUUCCUCACGUUCUAUAAUGAGCGACUUCCGGAUGUUAAAUACCCGGAUGGUUAUUCUGCAACUGCGGUGAUUCAACUGUGUGAAAUCACCGUUACAGGUUGUGAAAGGGGAAAGGGAGGCUUUACGUGCACCCCUUGUUCUCAAAAAUGUCGCGAAGGCAUCUGUCAUAUAAUGACAGCAAAAUGUUUGGAGUGCUAUGACGGUUACUAUGGAAUGGACUGUGAUAAAGCGUGUAGUAACUUCACAUAUGGGUACAACUGUACUGAGCGAUGUGGAAAGUGUGCAAAUGACAUCAUAUGUGACCACAUGAACGGAACAUGCGCAGAAGGAUGUCUUCCCGGCUGGUUAGAGCCAUUUUGUAACUCCUCUUGUCCAACGGGCUUUUAUGGAUACAAGUGCGCGACAUCAUGCAGUGGUGGAUGUAAAACAGCUGGACAAUGUGACCCUAUUGAUGGACGGUGUAUCGGUGGGUGUAUGGCUGGGUGGAAAGGGGACCGAUGCACUGAGAGUACAGACCCAUCCAGCCUUGUCGAAGAGGAUACGAAUACAGCUGCGAUAGCUAUUGGUGUAAUUGUCGGCGUAAUUGUCAUCAUUAUUGCUAUAAUCAUCAUUAUCGUAUUCAUCAGAUUUAUUCAACGGUCAGAUUCACGCAUCAUUGCAAGAGAGAAGAAAUAAGAACGACUAAAUGCUUUUAUAUAAAUUAACAAACAAAAAAAAUACAAAAAGAUUUUAUGAUCGAAUGGUUUAAAU